AUGACCCGAAAACGGGCAAUCGAUCUCACUGGAGCCGAUGGCUUGGACAAUGAAAAGCGAAUACGGCUUUUAGGAAUCAUUGAUCGACUCCGAGAACUGGGUAUCAGUGAGAAUGUCUCUCUUCCUCAGCUCGUUGUAGUUGGUGAUCAGUCGAGCGGAAAAUCAUCCCUUCUGGAAGGUCUAACCGGUCUUUCGUUCCCGGUGGCUAGUGAGCUUUGUACAAGGUUUGCUACCCAGAUUGUCUUGCGCCGAGCGCCAGCACAGGAAGGCGAGGCAAGGAUUACAAUCAUCCCCGGGCCAACUUCGCGUCUCGAUGAGACUUUGAACCAGCGUCUUCUUGGGUUCGAGAGAAGACUGGCAGCUGUGGAUUUUGGAUGCCGAGAGUUUGAAGACAUAUUCAAUGAGGCAGCUACAUGUAUGGGGAUUGAGCUUUCGGGCCCAGACCAUCGCCACCUCAGUGUUGUGGACGUUCCGGGCUUGUUUCAUAAUCCUACAAAGUUCCAGACCGAAGAGGACCGCGCGAUUAUUCGGAAGCUAAUCGAGGAUUAUAUGACGGACAAGCGUACCAUCAUUCUGGCUGUUAUGGACGCACGCAAUAACCUUGCCAACCAAGAAGUCUUUUCCAUGGCACGCGCCGCUGACUCAGCAGGUAAACGGACCGUUGGGAUCAUCACCAAAUGCGAUGCUCUCCAAGCAGGGGACGAAGCCGGUGUUCUACGUAUCGCCAAAAAUGAAGUUGAACGCCUCACCCACGGGUGGUUUGCUGUUAGAAAUCGCUCUACACAGGAGCUCAAUGAGGGUGUCACCAUCGAGGGCCGACACGAAAGAGAGAGACGGUUCUUCUCAACAACCCCGCCUUGGACUGAGCUCAAAAGGGACCGUGUAGGUAUCAAUGCAUUGAAGUCCUUCCUAGGUCAUCUUUUGUACGACCACAUCCGUUCUGAAUUCCCGGCCGUUGUGGCGGAUAUUGAACGACUUUCACUGGAAACUCAAAAGGAAUUGGAGAUUCUUGGUCCCUCCCGUCAAACCCCUGCAGAACAGAGACGAUUCUUGACACGUAUCUCAUCCACUUACCAGAACGAGGUUGACAAGGCCUUAAAUGGAAACUAUAGUGCUGAUCUGGAUGCAUUAAGCAUACUCAAGCUUAGGAUGCAUUUACGGCAGUAUGCGGAUGAUUUUGCCAAGGCUAUGGCAACUAACGGGCAUUCCAAAGUGUUCCGUACGAUUCGAGAUGAAAACGAUCCAGAGUUCCGCAGGCCAGCCGAUGACUCAGACAACAUAUAUGACUGGAUACGGCGUUACUACCUUGAGUCCCGUGGCUCUGAGCUACCAGGAACCGUGAACCCCAUUGUGCUGCAGAAUAUGUUCCGCCAGCAGUCCAGCCCAUGGGAGAAAAUAGCGGUCAAAUACCUUGAGAAGAUUUCCUCCGCGAUUCACUCUUACAAUGAGAAAAUUUUGGCAGAGAUUCUGCCAGACGACGAUGUGAGAGAGAUGCUUUGGAGAAUUAUCUGUUCUCGGGAACACGAGACAUACAAUCAAGCGUACGAACAACUCCUCAAGAUACUGAACGACGAACGUGGGGGUAUUCUGCAGACUGUCAACCAUUACUAUGCCGAUACUCUAUCGUCGAUCCGUCAAGAAAGAGUCAUAGUGAGGCUUGAGACACUUGGGCUCCGUGAUGGAAUUAACUUUGAUAUGAGCAGGGUGUUGCAAGGAGUACAUUUGAGCAACGAGGAUCAGGCGAUCUUCGAUAUCCAUGAUAUUUUGAAGGCUUACUACAAGGUAGCCAUGAAGCGCUUCACGGACAAUGUCGUCGUUCAAGUUUCUGAGCGAUACAUAUUAGGAGAUGGGAGUCCCGUGAAAAUGUUCUCGCCUGAUAUGGUUGGCGAGUCUGAAGAGGAUAAGUUGACGGAAAUUGCGGGUGAGAACUUCGCCACGGCAGGCCGGCGAAACGACUUGGUUUCCAAAGCUGCGCGUUUCAAAGAAGCAUUGGAAAUUGCGAAACGAGCUGUGCUCUGA